CGGAUGCAACACGGGGGCGCAAGUUUGAAUGAGCAGGGGGACUCUCGAGCGGGAGCGGAGGGGACAUAAAGCAGAAGGAUGAAGACGAGGGACAGCUGAAUGUCUCAUGAUGGACAGCAGAGGGAGGAGAGGAACUAAUGGCUCCUUCAAGCGCUCGUCCCUCAAACGCAGCGCCUCGUCUGGAUCUCAGAGGCUUCAGAGAGCCUGGAUUGAGAAAACCUUCCAGAAGAGAGAAUGCAUCCAGAUCAUCCCAGGGAAAGACGCCAGCAGGUGCAGCUGUGGUCAGUUGGUGGCGCAACACACGGCGGUCCCAACAGGGUGCCGGGAGGAAGAGGAGGCGGCUCCGCUGGUUCUGCUGGAGGUCCAGGCCACUGAACGCUGGACCGCCCUCAAGCACACCCGGGCCACGCCUACUGAUGCUUAUGGCGUCCUUGAGUUCCAGGAAGGAGGACACGCCAACAAGGCCAUGUACAUCCGCGUGUCGUACGACUCGAAGGCGGACUCCUUGCUGCACCUGAUGGUGAAGGAAUGGCAGCUGGAGCUUCCCACGCUGCUCAUCUCGGUCCACGGAGGCCUCCAGAACUUUGAGCUGCCCCCCAAGCUGCGGCAGGUGUUUGGGCGGGGCCUCAUUAAAGCCGCCGUCACCACAGGAGCGUGGAUCUUCACGGGGGGCGUCAGUACUGGCGUGAUCCGCCAUGUUGGUGAUGCUUUGAAAGACCACUCGUCCAAGUCCCGUGGCAAAGUGUGUGCCAUCGGCAUCGCUCCGUGGGGCAUCAUUGAGAACAAGGAGGACCUCAUCGGGAGAGAUGUGUCCCGGCCCUAUCAGACGAUGGCCAACCCUCUCAGCAAGCUGUCGGUUGUAAACAGUAGCCACUCCCACUUCAUCCUGGCCGACAACGGCACCAGCGGCAAGUACGGCGCCGAGGUCCGACUGCGCCGGCAGCUGGAGAAACACAUCGCCCUGCAGAAGAUCAACACGCGUCUGGGUCAGGGGGUCCCCGUGGUGUGUCUGAUCCUGGAGGGCGGUCCCAACGUGAUCUCCAUUGUGUUGGAGAGCCUCAAGGAGGAGCCCCCGGUCCCCGUGGUGGUGUGCGACGGCAGCGGCCGGGCCUCCGACAUCAUUUCCUUCGCCCACAGAUACUGCAAAGAGGACGGCUUGGUGAGCGAGGGCGUGAAAGAGCAGCUGCUGGUGACCAUCCAGAAGACCUUCAACUACGGACGCAGUCAGGCCCAGCAGAUCUUUCUCAUGGUGAUGGAGUGCAUGAAGAAAAAAGCUCUGAUUACAGUGUUCCGGAUGGGUUCUGAGGGCCAGCAGGACAUUGAGAUGUCCAUCCUGACCGCGCUGCUCAAAGGUACAAACGCGUCGGCGUGUGACCAGCUGAGUUUGGCGCUGGCGUGGAAUCGAGUGGACAUCGCUCGUAAUCAGAUCUUUGUGUAUGGACAUCACUGGCCUCCGGUCAAGCUCAGCGAGCGUCCUAAAAGUCCGGCAGCGGUCCAGCGGGCGGCGGCAGCAGCGGCACCUGCAGCCGCUAAAGGAAAAGCACGAGGAAAGAAAGGAAAAGGAGGCAAAAGCAAACCAGAACCACCCGAAGAGACGGACCCCAGGAAGCUGGAGUUGCUCAGCUGGGUCAACUCCUUGGAGCAGGCCAUGAUGGACGCGCUGGUCUUAGACAGAGUGGACUUUGUGAAACUUCUCAUUGAGAACGGCGUCAACAUCCAUCACUUCCUCACCAUCCCUCGUCUGGAGGAGCUCUACAACACGAAGCUCGGACCCCCCAACACGCUGCACUUUGUGGUGCGAGAUGUGAAAAAGGGGAACCUCCCUCCAGACUACCAGAUCACCUUGAUCGACAUCGGGCUAGUGCUGGAGUUCUUAAUGGGCGGAGCUUAUCGCUGCAACUACACCAGGAAGAGCUUCAGGACGCUGUACAACAACCUGUACGGCCUGAAGAGGCCAAAGGCGUUGAAACUGCUGGGAAUGGAGGAUGACGAGCCCCGUCCCAAAGGUAAAGGCAAGAAGAACAAGAAGAAAGAGGAGGAGGUAGACAUUGACGUGGACGACCCCGAGGUCAGUCGCUUCCAUUACCCCUUCCAUGAGCUGAUGGUGUGGGCCGUGCUGAUGAAGCGCCAGAAGAUGGCGCUGUUCCUGUGGCAGCGGGGGGAGGAGGCCAUGGCCAAAGCUCUGGUGGCCUGCAAGCUCUAUAAGGCUAUGGCCCAUGAGUCUUCCCAGAGCGAGCUAGUGGAUGACAUUUACCAGGACCUGGAGAACAACUCCAAAGAGUUCGGGCAGCUGGCCUACGAGCUGCUGGACCAGUCGUACAAACGCGACGAGCAGGUGGCCAUGAAGCUUCUGACCUACGAACUGAAGAACUGGAGCAACUCCACCUGUCUGAAGCUGGCAGUGGCCGCCAAACAUCGGGACUUCAUCGCCCACACGUGCAGCCAGAUGUUGCUCACCGACAUGUGGAUGGGAUGUUUGAGGAUGGGCAAGAGCAACAGCCUCAAGGUGAUUUUAGGAAUCAUUUUCCCUCCCGCAAUCCUCCUGUUGGAGUUCCGUAUCGGAGACGAAACCUCGUAUCACUCCUCCAAAGAGAACGAUGGCAGCAAAAGCAAAGAGGACGACAACAAGUCCAGCAAAGACGCCGUCUCCAACAUGGACACCAUGUCCAAGAAAGGAGAUGAGGAAGAAAACCACAAAAAAGGCGGGAAGAGGGUUCCCAUUGGCAGGAAGAUCUAUGAGUUCUACAACGCCCCCUUCACCAAGUUCUGGUUCAACACUAUCUCCUACCUGGUCUACCUCAUGUUAUACAACUACAUCAUCCUGGUCAAGAUGGAGCGAUGGCCGUCCCUCCAGGAGUGGAUCGUCAUCUCGUACAUCAUCACACUGGGGCUAGAGAAAGUCCGACAGAUCCUGAUGUCAGAGCCGGGGAAGUUGAAGCAGAAGAUUAACGUGUGGUUGGAGGACUACUGGAACAUCACAGAUCUGGUGGCCAUCUGGGUCUUCUUGCUGGGGCUGCUGCUGAGGCUGCAGAACGAGCCCUACAUGGGCUACGGCCGCGUCAUCUACUGUGUCGACAUCAUCUUCUGGUACAUCCGCGUCCUCGACAUCUUUGGCGUCAACAAGUACCUGGGACCAUACGUCAUGAUGAUUGGGAAGAUGAUGAUCGACAUGCUGUACUUUGUGGUCAUCAUGCUGGUGGUCCUGAUGAGCUUCGGUGUGGCCCGGCAGGCCAUCCUGCAUCCGGACGAGGAGCCCACUUGGCGCCUGGCUCGGAAUAUCUUCUACAUGCCGUACUGGAUGAUCUACGGCGAGGUGUUUGCAGACUCCAUAGACCGUAAGACUCGAGUUCAUAUUUACGCCAUGGAGAUCAACCCUCCGUGUGGAGAUAACAUGUACGAUGAAGAUGGGAAGAAGCUUCCUCCUUGCAUACCCGGAGCCUGGCUGACUCCCGCCAUCAUGGCCUGCUACCUCCUGGUGGCAAACAUCCUGUUGGUCAACCUGCUCAUCGCUGUUUUUAACAACACGUUCUUCGAGGUGAAGUCCAUCUCAAACCAGGUGUGGAAGUUCCAGCGUUACCAGCUGAUCAUGACCUUCCACGACCGACCCAUCCUGCCUCCACCCCUCAUCGUCUUCCCACACAUCUUCAUCGUCCUCAAGAGGCUGUGCUGCCGCUGCCGCCGCCGGCAGGAUGGCGACCGCGACGACCGCCAGAGACGCCUGCAGCUGCUGCUGAGCGCGGACGAACUGAAGAGUCUUCACGAGUUCGAGGAGCAGUGCGUGGACGAAUAUUUCCGCGAAAAGGACGACGAGAAGCAGUCGUCCAACAACGAGAGGAUCAAAGUCACCUGUGAGAGGGUGGAGAACAUGUUCAUGCGUCUGGAGGAGGUCAACGAGCGGGAACACUCCAUGAAAGCGUCACUGCAGACGGUGGACCUGCGUCUGGCCCAGCUGGAGGAGUUCUCAGGCCGCAUGAUGAACGCCCUGGAGAAGCUGGCCGGCGUGGACCGAGCCGAGCUGGCACACUCACGCUCCAGAGGCUCGUCCGUAUGCGACGGCGGCGCUCUGCUGCGACGCGGCAGCAUCAACAGCGCAGACGGCUGCAGCCUGUACCGCUACCAGCUGGAGCCUGACCCGGAUAGAACCUCCCUUGGCGGGAGUCCGGAGAGGCAGGAAGGGAAAGUGGACGCAGGUGAUGCCCACGUGACCGCCAAGGAGGUGGGCUCCACCCUGGACAUCCACCAAGUGAGGGACAGAAGUCAGUCUUUGUCCAGUGUGGGCAUCCUUAUCUCCCCCUGCGAGCAGGACCACAGAUCACCUGAGGCUGUCGCCGUGGAGACGGCGGGAGGACAUGCAGAGAAAACAAGACUGGAGGCAGUGGUCUCCUACCCGCUGGAAAAGUCAAAGGUCACGCCAUGUCUGUCCUCACCCGUGUCCAACAAGAGACCCGUAGGCAGCGUCUUGUGUGGCCCCACCCUCCAACAGAUGGUACAUAGCAACCAUGGCAACGGAGAGGGGGAUGACCCGGUGGAGGACAGCGAGGACAGGACCUACCCGACGCUGCGCUCCAAAAGCCUCAACGUAAACCCCAAGAAGAGCAGGACCCAGAAGGCAGAAUCGCCACGCUCGGCCGCUAGCGUCGCCGAUUUGGUGUCUGCCUUUGGGGGAGGUGGGGGCGCACACUCGAGCUAGCGUCACUGCAAAGCGUAUCAAAAAAUCAUUUUACAGGAUUUGAAUGUUUCAAAUAUUCAAAUCUUUGGUCUUCCUGCUCCGUGGACAACCCGUCUUGUGUGGACAAGUCAAGCCCCGGUCCACCGUGUUCUUACACGAAAACGGGUCCGCUCUGACAUCAAGUUUGACAUCCAAACGGCUCAUUUCUAUGAAAAACAAGUUAAUUUGGUCAACAUGUGUUGUAUUGUUAAGUCACCAUCAUCACGCAGCGUGGCCACAGCAGUGACGGACUGUGAGGUUCAUGGCCGGCGAGGCACCCCUCUAAGUCCGGUUCUGGCUGGGGUCACACAAGUAAGAUUGAAGAUUGAAGAGUUUUAUUGUCAUAUGCACAGUAAAACAGGUAGUUCUGCUUUGGAGUUUGGCUUCCUGCAUACACAAGAAUGGACAGGCGACUGCGCAGGGAUACGGCGGGAGACAAAUAUAACGCCGAGCAAUUUGUGACGUGUUUUUUUCAGAGGCAUUUUUUAUGAUGCAAAUGUGUUACUCUUUAGAAAAGCCGAGCUCUUUACUUGUGUAACCCCAGUGACUCCCUGGAACUACGUUCUUCCAUCAGAACUGGACUUAGGGGACCAGGUGGGGGGCAAGUCUCUGUUGAUGUACUACACUGCUGAUGGUGAUGUCAUACAACUUCAUGUCUAAACUAUCCUUUUCAGCCGAAAUGUGCAAACCAGCGAUUUUUAUUGAAGAAAAUUUUUUUAAAAAACUAUUGGAAUCAUACAGAAAAUACAUUUAUAAUACAGUUCAAUGGACAAGUAUUCAUCUUUUGUUUUUGUUAUGACAACCUGGCCUGCCUCCCUUGACUGCACAUCACUGCUGUCUAGUUACACGGCAUUAGGACGUGCAAUGACUUCCUGUUCAGUGGAGGGCUUCAAAAUAAAUGUACAUAUUUAUUCCUUGUUAGCCACAGGAAGCCUACCAAGAUGUCAUUGUAAUCAAGACAGGACUAUGGAAAACAAAAUAAAAUAUCCACAAAUGGAAGAAAAUGUCAACAAACUGCCGUAGAUUGAAAAAUCCUUUAUUGUCAUCCAUUCUCAUGAUAUCACCAAUCAAAAGACACGCGUAAAUGACAGCAAGUCCAAGGUUCCACUGUAUCUAUGCAUCCUUUUUUUAUAAACACCCUGUUUGAUAAUCAUUUAACUUUGUAAAAGAAAAAAAUGUAAAGCUAGCCAAUGAAAUGUCAUCUGGCAGGUUCAUCACCUGACAGGUAAAGAGAGCAGCAACUUUCGAAGCUUAACGCUCAGUCGAGGUUGCACGGAUGUAAAUAUGCUGAACGAGCAAUAAACUACCUCGUUAAAAGAGAAAGCGUACAAUCAAUAAAAUGU